AGGAGCCUGGUAACCGUUGCUGGUAACAACGCCCCGCCCCACAGCGCCCAGCGGGAGGGCAGGAGGCGCGGGGCCCGCGGGCAAGCGGGCAGGCGGGCGGGCGGGCGGCGGGAGCCAGAGGAGGAGCGGCCGCCGCCGCCACCGCCGCCGCCAUAGAGACUGUAGCCGUGGAGACUGUUACUUACCAACGGGGACCAACACGCAGCAGCCGCCGCUGCCUCCGCGGGAGCUGCUGCCCGAACUCCUGGCCGGAACUCCAGAACUGAGCAUGCAGAAUUCGGAGAGUGGAUCGGAGUCUCCGGCUUCUGUGGCUCUGCGUCCGUCAGCGGCAGCCCAGCCCGUGCCAGCCUCCCCACAGAGGGUGUUGGUCCAGGCAGCCAGCUCUGCCCCAAAAGGGGCCCAGAUGCAGCCCAUUUCUCUCCCCAGAGUUCAGCAGGUGCCACAGCAGGUCCAGCCCGUGCAGCACGUGUACCCUGCCCAGGUGCAGUACGUGGAGGGGGGAGAUGCCGUCUACACGAACGGGACCAUACGAACGGCCUAUACCUACAACCCCGAGCCUCAGAUGUACGCCCCCAGUAGCGCAGCUUCUUACUUCGAGGCCCCGGGUGGCACCCAGGUGACAGUGGCAGCCUCGUCCCCACCCACGGUACCCUCCCACAGCAUGGUGGGCAUCACCAUGGAUGUUGGGGGAAGCCCCCUCGUCUCCAGCGCGGGAGCCUAUCUCAUCCAUGGGGGCAUAGACGGUGCACGACAUUCUCUGGCCCAUACCUCCCGGUCAUCACCAGCCACGCUUGAAAUGGCGAUUGAAAACCUCCAAAAAAGCGAAGGAAUCACUUCACACAAAAGCGGUUUACUCAACAGCCAUCUCCAGUGGCUCUUAGACAAUUAUGAAACUGCGGAAGGUGUGAGUCUGCCCAGGAGUUCUCUGUACAACCACUACCUUCGCCACUGCCAGGAGCACAAGCUGGACCCAGUGAAUGCUGCCUCCUUUGGGAAACUGAUCCGUUCUGUGUUUAUGGGGCUGAGGACACGGCGGCUGGGCACCAGGGGCAACUCAAAGUAUCAUUACUAUGGGAUCCGCCUGAAGCCAGACUCCCCCCUGAACCGACUGCAGGAAGACACCCAGUACAUGGCCAUGCGGCAGCAGCCCCUGCACCAGAAGCCCAGGUACCGGCCAGCUCAGAAGACGGACAGCCUUGGGGACAGUGGCUCCCAUAGCGGCCUACACAGCACACCCGAGCAGGCUAUGGCCGCACAGAGCCAGCACCACCAGCAGUACAUAGAUGUCUCCCACAUCUUCCCAGACUUCCCAGCACCUGACCUGGGCAGCAUCCUGUUGCAAGAGAGCCUCACCCUGCAUGAUGUCAAGGCCCUGCAGCUGGCAUACAGACGGCACUGCGAGGCAACUCUAGAUGUUGUGAUGAACCUCCAGUUCCACUACAUUGAGAAGCUGUGGCUGUCCUUCUGGAACUCUAAGGCCUCCUCCAGUGAUGGCCCAACCCCUCUACCUGCCAGUGACGAAGAGCCUGAAGGCAUCAUCCUGCCCAAGGACAAGCUCAUCUCCCUGUGUAAACACGACUCCAUCCUCAAAUGGAUGAGGAGCUGUGACCACAUCCUCUACCAGGCCCUGGUGGAGAUUCUCAUCCCUGACGUGCUGCGGCCGGUCCCCAGUACCUUGACACAGGCAAUACGGAAUUUUGCCAAGAGCUUGGAAGGCUGGUUGACGAAUGCUAUGAGUGACUUCCCACAGCAAGUCAUCCAGACCAAGGUUGGUGUUGUCAGUGCCUUUGCCCAGACUCUGCGGAGAUACACAUCCCUCAAUCAUCUAGCUCAGGCGGCCCGGGCAGUUCUUCAAAACACGUCCCAGAUCAACCAGAUGCUCAGCGACCUUAACCGCGUGGACUUUGCCAACGUGCAGGAGCAAGCCUCUUGGGUCUGCCAGUGUGAAGAGAGCGUGGUGCAGAGGCUAGAGCAGGACUUCAAGCUGACCCUGCAGCAGCAGAGCUCCCUGGACCAGUGGGCCAGCUGGCUGGACAAUGUGGUCACCCAGGUCCUGAAGCAGCAUGUGGGCAGCCCCAGCUUCCCCAAGGCUGCCCGGCAGUUUUUGCUGAAAUGGUCCUUUUACAGCUCCAUGGUGAUCCGGGACCUGACCCUGCGCAGUGCCGCCAGCUUUGGCUCCUUCCACCUCAUCCGCCUGCUCUACGACGAGUACAUGUUCUACCUGGUUGAGCACCGUGUGGCUGAGGCCACUGGGGAGACACCGAUCGCUGUGAUGGGGGAGUUCAAUGAUCUCUCCUCCCUGUCACUGACGCUGCUUGACAAAGACGACCUUGGUGAAGAGCAGCAUGGCAAUGAGGCCGACCUGGACUGCCGCAGCCUUGGCGAACCCCUGGUGAAGCGGGAGCGCAAUGACCCCAACCACAACCUGCAGGGCAUCUAGCACCCAUAGGCGCCUCCCAAGAGGUUCCGGAAGAUGUUGCCCAGCCACUCUGAGAACCUGGACUUCACCGGCUCUACCACAUUCGUGUCUCUUAGAUGAUGUGAUGUUUACUCUGACUCAAGGGAGGCUCCCAGGGUUAGUGCUCUUAAAGGACGAGAUACUGUUCAAGAAGAAGAAUGGAGUUACAGCUGCAGAAGCUCACAGCAGGCUCCCACUGCCAUGGCUGUGUUCUGAGCUUCUGAGUGCCUGAGCAGCCCUCCAGGGGCUUAUUCAAGACAAAGUGUCCCCUGACAGAAUUGUGAACUUUGGCCAGAGUCCCUGAAGGGUCGUGCUGAGAGCGUUGGUCCCUCCAUUCAGCUGCUACCAAUUUUCGACAUGAUUUAAAAGAAAAAUCUGCAGAGCCUAAGAAGAAAGGGACAGCUUCUGACCCCCUUGUCCUACCAUUGUUGAAUAGGUACAGAGCUCGCCAGCAUCCAUGGGGUCCCCUCAGGAAUGGAAAGCGGAGUGUCCUCACUCUGGUGCCUCUGUCAGGAAAGAAUGGACCCAUCUCAGCAGCUGCACCUCAUAGCCUUUCGUGAAUUAGGCCAUCCUCUGCUUCCCACCCUGCUUGACUCUGCUGGGGCAGGGAGGCCAGUGGCCCAUGGGAAGCUAGAUCACUAGGCACCAAAAGAUUGUAUGGAAGCAGCUGGCAGUCCCACUGUCCCUGGCUGGAUCGACAGCCUAAAAAAGAACAAGCCAUGGAAACAGUCCCACUCAUGCCAAGACAUAAUAGCAUCUUUUUAAAAAUUAAAACCAGACGUUUUUUCAGCAACAGGAAGGUUGUGGAGUUCUGUCCAGUUCACAGUCAACACCAAGCCAAACUGCUAGCUCUGGAAUGAGUCUGUUUGCCUUUGGAAGGCAGCCACCCCACAGGUACAAACAAGGUGCCUAUGACCACUCCGUGCAGUCUUCUAGAAUGCCUCCCUCUGAAUUCACUAUCCUUGGGUACUCUGACCCAUCUCAACCUCUUCAGAGUCAAAACUCUUUGGGGACAGACACCCUUAACUUUAAGAUGCUCCAAAUUUGCCUCCAUGGAAAUACGUAGCUGUUGCAUUUGGUUAGCUACUUGCAGGAGUCCUGUCCCAAAACCAGCGAGAGAGGAAGACAGACCUCGGUCUAGGAAGCACCAUCUAAUGAAAUGCAAUAGUUUCUCUUUUUGGAAAUAUGUUUAUACCGAUAGUUUUGUGCUCUAAUUGUUAUUAGAAUGUUUCUUAUGAAUGUGUAUAUUGCCGUGUAUUCAGUUCUAAGUAUUUUAUUCUCAUUCACACAGAAGGUACUAAUGUAUAAAGGUAUUAAUGCAUUCAUGUGGCCUUUAAAACCCUCCCUUCAUGGCUUUGCUUCACUCUGCCUGCACCAGAGCAGAGUAGGGAAGGAAGAGAAAGAUGCACCCUUACCUUAGAAACAGAAAUCCAUAGUAAUCACAAUGUUGAUCUGGUCUUACAGUUCAAAACUUAGAUGAAAUUGGACAGAAAGAAUGUCUUUAAAAUACAUGUCUCCUCCCUGGGAUACACUUAAGCUCAUGGUUGGCAGAUUGUAAUGACCUGGCUUUUCUUCCAUUUGUGGUAACCAAUACAAACUGAGUUUCUGCCUAUGUUCUGUCCAGUCUGUCACAGGAUCCGCGGGGAGAGAGAAAAAUGGCAGUAAAGUCAUUCUCGUUUUUCAUAGUAAUAAACAUCCUCCCAUCCUCCCCCAAGCCACUCCACCUGCCCAGCAGUGCCCCUGAGGGUGAGAUGCACCCUCCUACCUGUCAGCCCCUGCUGCCCUGGAACACCACUGCAGCCAGCUUGGCCACUUCAGGCCCAGAGAUGUGUCCUGCUCACAUUGUGAGCACACUAGCCGCCUUCAGAUGUGGUAGAGUGACGCAGCCAGGGCUACUCCUCAGGGUUUGUCAGCGUAGCGGUGGGGCCAAACUCCAGGGUCACUUGAGAAUCAUUGCAUAAGCUUGUCACAAAAUGAAUGGUUCCUGGACUCAAGUCUGACUUGGUGAGAUUAGGGUGGGGGUGGCUAUAGGACUUGAAGGAGCUCCACAGAGGAGAGUGCUGGGCUCACGAACCAGGGAGAGGACCCACAGGCUGUACGACAUCCCAGCAAGGCUGACACAGUUCCUGGUCAGCUACCGCUGAAAUCUGCUUGGAUCCCAAGCUGGUGCCCUUCUGUCCCAGAAAGAAGGCCUGGCAUCCCGGGUGGCACUAGAAUUGCCCAUCACUCACCUGGACUGAGAGAUCCUUAGACUGACCUCAGUGUAGUGCUCUGGUCUCACCACCUUGAAAUUCUUAAUUUUUGGAGAAAGCGCCCAUGUUUUAAUUUUGUACUUAGCCACCAGGUGUGUGGCUCAUCCCAGGGAGCUGCUGGGACUCAACAUGUCCCUACUGUGCUGACUCCUUCCAGGCUCCAAGUGUCGGGUAGGAGUCUACUCCUUCCAACCUAUGGGGGCCUUGAUUUCAGACCUGCUGCACCUGAACCAGAUCAGACAAGUAGCAACCCUUCCACAAGCAGCAGUGCUCCCAGCCGCCGCCUCAGAGAUCCAGGCCCCAUGUGGGACUACAGAGUCCUGGACAAGAGACCCAGCUGUUCCCUUGGAGCCUGUGAGUCUGGUGACAGAGUGGAAGCUCAUAAGCAGCUCUGGUGAUGGUGCCCCAGAGGUGGCCACCUGAGGAGAGAGGAGUGUGCUCAAGGUCCUCAGGCUGGCAAGUGCCUCACAGGGCCCAUUGGUUAGGGUCCCAGGGUGCACAUAUCUCACAAAUAAGAAGAACCUUGGUCCUUCCAAGCACUCGUAGGAGGCACUGACUGUAAUCACAGCAGGCUCCACACUAGAUGCUUCUGACCCAUCUCCUCUUUUUUACAAUCUUUUACUAUCUUUUGCCCUCGUUUUUGUUUGUUUGUUUGUUUUUGAGACAGUCUCACUUUAUCACCCUCAGUAGAGUGCUGUGGUGUCACAGCUCACAGCAACCUCCAUCUCCUGGGUUUUUUAGGCGAUUCUCUCGCCUCAGCCUCCCAAGUAGCUGGGACUACAGGUGCCCACCACAACACCCGGCUAUUUUUUUGUUGCAGUUUGGCCGGGGCUGGGUUUGAACCCACCACCCUCAGCAUAUGGGGCUGGCACCCUACCCCACUGAGCCAUAGGUGCCGCCCUAUUGCCCUCAUUUUACACAUCAAAGCUGCUGGCUGGAAUGCACAUAUGAUGGCUAGAGCAUCAGCAGCCAUCUUGGAACUGGAGGUGGAAGUGUUAUGAUAAGGAUGACAAAGCAAUGACACAGAAGGGGCCUGGGUCCCUAGUGAUAAUGUAACUGCUUAAUAGCCUCCAGACAGACCGCAGAAAGGGUGGUCAGGGGUCUCUCACAUGACCUAUCUAUCUUCACAAACUGGUGGCAGGUUCACACAUAACACACACACUCUCUCAGUGGCAAGUAUGCUAAGAAGGGAGGAUGCUCUGGCUGAGAGUGUCCCCUGUCUCCUGGUUUUCCUUCUGCCAUUCUGGCUGCUGCCCCUCUGCCCCUGGGAACUGCCCUCUUCUCUUUCCACAUCCUUAGUGACUGGGACCAUUCCCACGAGGGAAGCAACACUCCACAUGCUGCCAACUUGCUCCAUUUUCUCUCAGAGCCUCACAAGCACCUGGUCCUCAACAGGAAGACAGGAGCUGGGCAUCUGCUGCUCCACAUGUCUCCAUCGAAGCACAGGCUGCCAUCCCUCCCCUGCAGUGCCCUUCUUCUCAGCUCCAUAAUUCCUAACUGUGUCUUCAAGUAAACUAUUUACUUUCAUUGGAUUUCCCAUCUGGAAAAACAAUGAUAAAAAUACUCAGCUAGAGAAUGAUGCCCCA